GCUAUAUUUUAGCUCGAAAACGUCAUCCAAAAGGUCAAAACAUUGUUAUAUUUAAAUUACCUUUGAUUAUUUUGGAUUUGUUUUUUGAUAUAUUUUUUAUAAUCGUAAACGGUCAUGAUGUUCCAUUCUUGUUUGUUCCCAGUUUAGUUAUUGUAAUCGUUUCAGUAAUAUUCAACUUUUGUUUAUCAACUUUCUUACUUUUAAAUGAGAUUCGACUUAAUGAAGAUUUUCGAACUUGGUUUACUAAAUAUGAAAAGAUUGCUUCAAUAUUUACAUUAAUUGCUAGUGCUGACGUUGCAACUCUUAAUAUUUUAACUUCAAGAUUUGCUGGAUUUAAAUUCCUCUUUGCUACAUUUUCUAUAAAAGCUGAAAGAUUGUUUUGUUAUGGUGCUAUAGUUAAUUCAUUAAUUAAAGAUAUUCCACAACUAGUAAUUCAG